AUGGAACAGUUGUCAACCAAUGGUUGCGAGGUUGCGUCAGGGUUGGAUUCCAGCAGUCCCCUGACGGCUCCUCCAGUGAAGAUGCCUCGUUUGGACAAUGGAGAAAGUUACCAGGGGAGGAGCCAUUUCUCAAAUCCAGGGUCCAAACCAGCCCCCUCAGCGAGCACACACGCAACACAACUGCCAAAGCCAGAGCUCACAUGGAGGAAAGGCAGCCUGGUCCCUGUGUUUUGUGUGGUGGAACAAGAAGAAGCCCCAGCCCUGGAGAGGAGGCGGUCGGAACAUGCUGAGUUUGUGCUGCUGAAGAGAGAGCUAUUGUUCAGUCACCUCACUGAGGCGGCACUGCAUGAGCUGGGCUACACACACAGCACAGCUAUACAGGCUACAGGGCAGAUCCAGGUGGGGCGAUGGAAUCCUGUCUCUGUCUCCAGUGUAACGGAUGUUACUGAUGCCACAGUGGGAGAUAUGCUUCAAGAUCUUUACCAUGUUGUGACACUGAGGAUACAGCUCAACUGUGCCCCUGGAUUAGAUGACUUGCCUCCUGAGCAGUGGACUCAUUCCACCGUGAGAAAUGCGCUGAAAGAACUACUCAAAGAAAUGAACCAGAGCUCACUUGCAAAAGAGUGUCCCUUAUCACAGAGUAUGAUCUCAUCUGUGGUAAACAGCACAUACCAUGCCAACGUGUCAGCCACAAAGUGCCAGGAGUUCGGCCGCUGGUACAAAAACUACAAGAAAGCAAAAGAUAUGAUGACUACUCAGAUGGACAGCCCAUCCGACCAAUCAUCUUCUACCAAUCACGUGGCCAAGCGGCCGGCUUUCAGCGGUGGGUCAGAGCAGCACAGUCUGGUUCAGAUGCGUGCUGGGAUGCCUGGGUUAGCUAUGUCACAGCUUCUCUCCCAGCAAUAUGCCAUGUCACACCUUCUCACACACUCACACACGCUCAGCAGUCACACACACACACCAUCAUGUCCUGCACCACUGAGAACUCCACCCAAACGCAACGACUCCACCACCAUGUCAGCACAGUGCCCCUCUCCUUCUGCCGACGUGUCACCGGAGAUCUACCAGUGGGUGCGUGAGGAGCUGAAGCGGGCAGGGAUUUCACAGGCAGUGUUUGCACGGGUGGCCUUCAACAGGACUCAGGGCUUACUCUCAGAGAUCUUGCGAAAAGAGGAGGACCCACAGUCUGCGUCUCAGUCUCUGCUGGUGAAUUUAAGGGCCAUGCAGAGUUUCCUGCAGCUGCCCCAGGCCGCCCGUGACCGCAUCUACCAGGAGGAACGGGAACGCAGUCUGACCACUCCCGCCAACCCCAGCAGCACACACUCACCGCGGCACGUGCAGCCCAAACUGUCACCAGCCACUGUGGAGACAGUGCUAAAACCAGAAGCCUACGAGCUAAACAUCGACUCCAGUAUCUAUGAAGAGAUUCAGCUGGAAAUGAGAAGAGCCAAAGUUUCUCAGGCCAUGUUUGCAAAGGUGUCUGCAUCAAAGAGCCAGGGGUGGCUGUGUGAGCUGCUGCGCUGGAAGGAGGAACCUUCUCCUCAAAACCGCACCCUUUGGGAGAACCUUUCUCUGAUUCGUCGCUUCCUCAGCCUCAGCCAAUCAGAGCGUGAUGUCAUAUAUGAGCAGGAAAGCAGUGGAGGACAAACACACUUGACAGAGAGACCCCCACUCUACAUUAAUGAGACACUACAGCAUCAGCUGCAGCAGGUGCUCCACCAGGCUGGAUCAGUAAUGGCACCAGUCCAGUGUCCUGUCCCCCCACCAACCUCAGAGGAGAUGGGGGCUUCACUGUCUGACCUGCAGGGACUGGUCCUGCCCCCGGAUGCCAUGACAGUCUUGAAGAGUUUUAUUCGAGAUGUCGGGAUUCAGCCAGACCAAGAGGCAGUUAACACCCUCUCUGCCCAACUGGGUGUGGCCAAAAAGACUAUCCUCCAAUUUUUUCAAAACCAGGACGCGUAUGGGGUACAACCGGAGUACAGUGGAAAGAGGCGAGAGCAGGAGGAGGUCGAGAGAGUGAAAGUGGAGGAAGGAGAGGAAGAGGAGAGUGAGAUAGUGGAGGGGACAUGUAAACAGGAGGACGGUGAGAUGGAGCGGAGUUUGAGUACUCAGACCAGGCCUGUCCUAGCCCUGAAAGAGGAGGACCAGGGGAGCCCCGUCCAGUACCCCCUUACAUGA